UGCAUGCGUCUUCCCUCGCACACUCCCUCUGCCCGGCUCUGUCCUCCGGCCAAGCAGCGGGACGGCUGCCAUUUGCCGUCCACAUGGAGAGGGCAGCGAGCGCCGAGGGAAACGCCAGCGAGCGUGAGGCCCAAGAGGGCAGCGCGUGGAUUGCAGCCUUUCUCUGCCUCAUCAGCAUAGUGACCGUCGCUGGCAAUUUCCUUUUGAUUUUGCUGAUCUUUACGCAGCGCUCCCUGCGCAACACUUCCAAUUACUUCCUCGUCUCCCUCUUCAUGUCCGAUCUGAUGGUCGGCUUGGUUGUGAUGCCCCCGGCUAUGCUGAACCAGCUGUACGGAAGGUGGGUGCUGGACAGCGACUUCUGUUCAGUGUGGUCUUCCUUUGACGUGAUGUGUUGCAGCGCAUCCAUCCUGAAUUUGUGUGUGAUCAGCCUGGACAGAUACCUCCUCAUCACGUCUCCCCUGACCUACAAGCUCCGAAUGACUUCCAGCCGAGCCCUCUUUCUCAUCGUCACCACUUGGACUCUGGCCGGCCUGGCUUCGUUCCUGCCCAUCGAGAUGGGAUGGCAUGAAAUGGGCUUUGAGAACCAGGCUUUCAACUCCAGUCACGAGGUGGAAGUGCUCGGCGCUCAGUGCAGACUCCUGGUUAGCCUGCCCUAUGCUCUCAUUGUCUCCUGUCUCACCUUCUUCCUGCCCUCUGUAGCCAUUUCCUUCACCUACUGUCGGAUCCUGCUGGCUGCCCGGAGACAAGCUGUGCAAGUGGCCUCUCUGACCAGUAACGUGGUCACCACUUCUGAUGACCCCGCGCAGGUCGUUAGAGAUGGGAAUCCAUCAGCAGGAGACAGCGACGGUAGAAAAUUUACCACCAAACACAGUAAGAGGGCUUUGAAAGCCAGCCUGACUCUGGGAAUUUUACUGGGAAUGUUCUUUGUAGCCUGGCUGCCGUUCUUUGUGGCAAAUGUCACGCAGGCGGUUUGUGACUGCAUUCCAGCCUUGCUCUUUGAUGUGCUCACCUGGCUUGGUUACUGCAAUAGCACCAUGAACCCCAUCAUCUACCCUCUCUUCAUGCGAGACUUCAAACGGGCCAUUGCCAAGUCCGUGCCGUGUUCCCGGCGCUGGUGGGAGAGGCGGCCGCGCGUCGUCUCCUUCACUAUGAGAAACUCCUACAGUGGCCCGCGGUUGGGCCUGACUCUGGGGAACAUGUUGGUUCUUCAACCGGAAACGGAUUCGGUCGAAUCAGUUAACCAGACAAAUGAUCAGAUCCUGCUCCCGGGCGACCAACACAAGAUAACCGAGGUCGAGUGCAAGGACACCGCGGGGGUGGAUUCGCUGCAUCUCUUUGAUGUAGAGCAGACGGAUCAGGCAUUCCACAUAAACCAGCUGAACAGACCAAUGGACUAGAUUUACGUGCCUCUACAGAGUAACCAGAGAUGAGGUCGCCCUCAGGAAUGAGAGUGAGGAGGUAUUCAAUUGACUAGAGAUUGGCGGGUGGGGAGGGGGAGAGAGCGUCUCUUGUCCCGGAGAGCCAGCCCCUUCUGUGGACAGCAUUCAACUGGCCUGGAGUUACACCGCGCCCAAACUGAUGGGUUCAUCUGGGCCCUACUCCUAGAGGAACUCAUUCCAAGCGUGCAUAUGAACGGUAUCAGCGAUCGCUUGGAAAACUUGCAAAUCCACAGGCAUGAGGUGUCAUCAGCAGGAAGGACAACACGCAGGCCUGCAUAAACAUAACAUACUGGAAACAUGCAGAAAAAAUAUCAGGAAAGAUGGUGGAUUGCUGCUGAAAACACUGAGCAGGUCAGGCAGCAUCUCAGCGUCACGUGUGCCAAGUCAAUUACUUUUUUUAACAGAACUAUUUUGGGAUUUAACUCUUCAGACUAAUCUGGGUGUAAUACCUCAGUCUUUAGUACUUUGAUGCUGACAUAUGUUUGUGUGAGUGAAUUCUCUCUGUUUAUUCCCUGUGAUUGUAAACACACCUGUCCUUUG